AAAAGCAAACCAUGAGAUGUGCAAACUGCAAACUAUAAAAUGAACAGUCGAAAACCCAUGCAAAUACACAAAUAUAGUAAUGGAUGAUUACUCAUAAUUAUCAAAACACACGUAAGCUAGCAAGAUUCAAGUCCUAAUUCCAAGAUUCCUCAAUUAAGACACUUUUCUCACACGGCAUUCUGAAAAAAACUAAUGGAAGCAAAGAAAAUCAAAUCCUACAACUCAUCAAUCACACAUUUAGCCUAUCAUUUCUGCGUCCCGAACCCUAUAAAACCAACACAACCACCUUUGUCCCCAUCACUCUUAACGCCACACCAACAACAGGACAAAAGCUUGUUCACAUUUGACACCUCUCUCUCUUUCCCUCUCCUUGUAAUCUCACAUUUCAGAUUUCUGAACGACAUUUGGGUGAGUUGGUUUUAGAAAUCUGAAAUGUGAAUGGUUGGUUCUGAUCUGAUCUGGGUUUGGUGAGACAAAAAAGAAAAAGAGAGAGAAAAUAAGAGAGAGAGAGAGAGAGAGAGAGAGAGAGAGAGAGAGAGAGAGAGAGAGAAAGCAUGGAAAUUGAGAGAAUUAGGGAGUUGUUGCUACUUUGGUGUAGAAUUAUAAGUAACCGUGUGGCCCUCGUGGGUGGAAACCAUACAGCUUCCAGGAAGAAAGCUCGAGAUUUUACUCCAUUGUGGAUUUAAAUUCAUUGUUUUGAGUGAGAAACUAAGGUGGAAAGGUGAAAAAGGAUGGAAUCAGCCAGUGGGUUUUCUACCAAGGAUCUAAAUGAGAUCAAGCAUUUGCACAAUGGAGGGAUUGGCUUAAAUUCAGAUAUCAUUUUGGUGCUUAAGCUUCCUGAUUCCCGAGUAAUGCGUGUUGUGUCUCGCUCGUUGUUUUUCGUUAUGAUUAUUCUUGCAUUGCCAUUUAUGGGGUCCAUUUUAAGGGAACUGAAAUCAAGUUAUUAUCUUGACGUCUCUGGCUCUGCUUCAAUUGAUCUUGAAUUCUUCGAUUUGUUGUUGCAAAAUUUGGCCAAGGAGGGCCUUAUCAAGAAGGGCGAUAAAGCUCUCAUUGUUUUCUCCGGCGUCGGGGCUGUAGUUGAUAGUUCAAGACUCUUGAAUGUCAAUGAUAUUGAUUUCGUAUCAGAAUCUGAUUUGGAGGAAGAAAGCUUGUUCCCGAAUGCAACAUUUGAUUUUGCGUUGACAUUGCACAUUAAAGAUGCAAAAUUUUUAGAUCGCAUUGUGAAAGUUGGAGGCAUUCUGGUUGCUCAAUUGAGCAAUGACCCCUCAAAUGCUUUCCAGAAGAUGUCAAAUUAUAGAGUUGUGUAUCUUCGGCGAUAUGACUCAACCAUCGUGGCAAUGAGGAAAACGAGUUUGGUGAAUCAGAUAGUGAGUUCUGUGGCAAAGAGGCGGCCUUUGCAGCUAGCAUUAGAUGCUAAGAAAGAGGCAUUGCAAGGCUUGGAAGAUAUUCUGCUUGAGCCACCACGAAAGACUCCGGAAAAAUCUAGAAUGUACUUGAAGGGAUUCAAAUAUCUUCCUGACUUGUUGGGAGAUUCUUUAGAAGGUUUCUCGCGUCGAUUUUUCAUUGAUGCGGGCUCACAGGAGGAGGAGAAUGGUGCAAUGCUAUGGUUUAAUGAAAACUAUCCAACUAGAAAUCAAGACUUCGAGUUUCACAGCAUAAACAUGUUGUCUGAGGGAGUGCCUGGGAGGGUGGCAUCACCUGCUGAUGUUUCAAAUUGGUUGAUGAAGAACGUGAGGGAAGAUGAGUUCGUUGUGAUGAAAGCAGAAGCAGAAGUAGCAGAGGAGAUGAUGAAGAGGAAGACAAUUGGUUUGGUGGAUGAAUUGUUUCUAGAGUGCAACAACCAAUGGCAGAAAGGGCAAAGGAAGAAGAGCAGGAGGGCUUAUUGGGAAUGUGUAGCACUGUAUGGAAGACUGAGAGACGAGGGAGUUGCUGUGCAUCAAUGGUGGGAUUGAAAAGGGAGACAAGACAGACCCUCAUAGUUCUCUGUGUGUUUUGUGAUUAUCCUGCCAUGUUUGGAUAAUUUCAGUCGUUAAACCUAUCAUAUGAAUCCACUAGAUUCAAUAAAGAACAUAAGCAGUGGGAUUUCUUGGUGUUGCGUUGUAUAAAGAAGCACAGCAUCUGUUUUGCUGCUGAGAGGGACAGGAAUUGAAAAUUCUCCUUUCUCCUCUCUUUGACUCUUGUUGAUGUCAAUUCGUAGUAUAUGAUUAAUACAACCAUUGUAUCUGCUGUGCUGUUUUGCUAAUUUCUGUUAAUGACAUUAUAUUAGCCUCUUAUUAAUUCAUUUCACCCUUGUAUUA